CGCUGCUCUGACGCCUCUUUUCCCUUUACUCUUCGAUACUCAUACACGAUGACGAGUAUAGACGACCUCUUCAAAAGCGCAAACGGCUCGGCGAAGCGCAAAUUCGAGAACCCAAACGGGGCAGACCCAACUCACAGCUACAAAUCCGCAAAGCUCGACUCCAACGGCGAAGUUAAGCGAACAGCGCAUGUAUCUGACGAUGAGGACGAAGAGGAGGCAGGCCCUUCAUUACCGCCAGACCUCGAAGAAGAACCGGGCGACGAUGACGAGGGACGAUUCUUCGGUGGUGGGCUAGACGAGAACGCGAAAGACGCUAUGGAUUUCGUAGAUGCACGAGAUGGAGAGGAAGACAUAAGAGAAGAGAAAUAUGACGCUUCAUGGCUGCGUAAACUAGCGCUCAACUUCGAGAAGAAGGUCAACAAGAACUCGUCGCUGCGCGCCAAGUACGAAAACGACCCGUCGAAGUUUAUGGAUUCGGAGGGGGACCUAGAUGAGGCCAUAAAAGGACUCAGCAUACUCUCCGAACAUCCUGAGCUGUACCAAGCAUUUUCGAAGAGUACUGGCCCCUCCAAGCUGGUGGAGCUACUGGCACACGAGAAUACAGACAUCGCAAUUGCCGCGACCGAGAUAAUAUCAGAGCUCACAGAUGAGGAUGUGGCAGGAGAGCAAGAACAGUGGGAUGCUAUAGUAGCGGCCUUCUUGGAAGCAGAUCUACUCAGCUUGCUUAUAUCGAAUUUCUCGCGCUUCGACGAGAGCGAUUCCGCCGACGCAUCUGGCGUAUACUACUCCCUCAACGUCAUCGAGAACCUCCUAUCGCAGCCCUUAAAUACAGAUAUGAUCGGAGGGGAAACUGCCCUUCUCAGAUGGCUACUGGACCGGAUUCAGAAGACAGAAACUCCCACCUCACAGAACAAACAAUAUGCUUCAGAAAUACUUUCUAUACUCACACAAUCCUCUCGUCAGAAUCGAAAUCGAAUAGCUGAAGCUAACAGCAUCGAAAUCUUCCUCACAAAUCUCGCUCCAUACCGAAGAGACGACCCAGAAAAGGACAGCGAUGAGGAGGAAUACAUGGAGAACUUAUUCAACUGUUUAUCGUCAGUAGUGGAAGAGCCUAGCGGCAAGGCCAAGCUAUUGGAGGCAGAAGGCGUGGAGCUUUGUCUACUCCUGGUCAGAGAUGGCAAGACGAGCAAGAGUAGGGCGUUCAAGGUGCUGGAUCACGCAUGUGGGUUUGCUGAGGAGCUGUCCGCGGAAGAAGCGCAGACCAACGGUACUAAGACCCAGGAAGGUACAAAAGAGGCAGGUCCCAACAGUGCCAUGGCUGUGUGCGAGAAGGUCGUCGAAUCUCGAGGGUUGAAACCACUCUUUAGCGCCUUCACGAAGACAAAGAAACAUGACCCAGAACAAACCGAGCACAUACUUGGUAUCUUUGCUUCGCUCCUUCGCUCAUUACCCGGCAAUUCAGAUUCGCGCUUCCGACUGCUCGCCAAGUUUCUUGAGAAGGACUAUGAAAAAGUUACUAAGCUCGUUACACUACGGAGAGACUACGUCAGCCGUCUUGCAUCUUUUGAUGCAAAAAUGAAAGACAGAAAGAGAGGGUUGUCAAAGGAGGAGCAGGACGAACUAGAGCUAGAAAUCAUUCCUUCUAGGCUUAGUGAGGGCUUGUAUUGCUUGGAGCGUGUCGAUGCCAUUUUGGCGUGGCUGGUCGCCGAGGACGACGGUGCGAAAACAGCUAUCACUAAAGCGUUGGGCGAAAGGGACGAGACACUACUGGAUGUGAAGAGGACUCUACAGGCACAACUGAACGGUGUGCUGGCCGUCGAGCCUGCGGAGCGGGAAAUGCUUGAGACCUUGGUAUCAUUCUUGGAAUGAACCACUUGGAUAUGUCCACCUCCCGUGGCCUCCGCUACGACAACUCCCCGGGUCUCCAUUGUAUAACACUCUCCAGCCGUCCAUGCUCACCUACCAAGCAAGUGCAGGAUAUCGAGCAUCGAAAGAU